UUGCAAGUAAGUCAAUAAAUACAUACCUACUCUCAAUAUAUCAUUACUAUCUACUGCCUACCUACCUAAGACGGACGCAAAACGUUCGUUGGUUUUAAAAUUAAUAAAGCCGUUUUUUAAAAAGUUAAUUUUGUUGCCAUACCACACCAUCCGAACACCAUGGUUGUCACCCUGUUUAGCAGCCGUCGUGUAACUAUGUAUUGAGAGUAUACGUUUCUUUGUAUGUUUGUAAAGAAUUAUUAAAAAUGGAGAAAAAUAAUGGGGAAUCCGAAUCUGCGACCCGUGGUGCUUUUAGGCAACCAACCCGAGUAUUUAAGAAGAGUUCUCCGAAUGGUAAAAUAACUGUUUAUCUCGGUAAAAGAGACUUUGUUGAUCACAUUACCAACGUUGAUCCGAUUGACGGUGUAGUACUAGUCGACCCAGAAUAUGUGAAGGGUAGAAAAGUUUUUGGCCAUGUUUUGGCCGCUUUUCGUUAUGGUCGUGAAGAUUUAGAUGUACUUGGACUUACUUUUCGUAAAGAUCUCUACAUAGCUUCUGAACAAAUAUAUCCUGUGGGAAAUAUUCGUACACCGACUAGGUUACAAGAACGUUUAAUCAAGAAACUUGGGCCCAAUGCAAUACCAUUUUAUUUUGAACUGCCACCUCAUUGUCCAGCAUCUGUUACACUUCAGCCAGCUGCUGGCGAUACAGGAAAACCAUGUGGAGUAGAUUAUGAGUUUAAAGCAUUUGUUGGUGAAACUGCUGAUGAUAAACCCCAUAAAAGAAAUUCAAUUAGAUUGGCAAUCAGGAAAAUUAUGUAUGCCCCAAAGAAAGAGGAAGUACAACCAUCAGUUGAAGUGUAUAAAGAAUUUGUUAUGAGUCCUAAUAAAUUAUAUUUAGAGGCAUCUUUAGAUAAAGAACUUUACUACCACGGUGAAAGUAUUUCGGUGAAUGUGCACAUUGCUAACAAUUCGAAUAGAACAGUUAAAAAGGUUAAAGUUUUUGUUAGACAAUUUGCUGAUAUAUGUUUAUUUUCGACUGCUCAAUAUAAAUGCACAGUGGCUGAAAUGGAGAGUGAAGACGGUUGUCCGGUCGGUCCCGGAUUCACAUUAUCCAAAGUAUAUACCGUUAAACCUACUCUACAUAAUAAUAAAGAUAAACGUGGCUUGGCAUUAGACGGUCAAUUGAAGCAUGAGGAUACGAAUCUCGCCUCGUCAACAAUUGUCAGUAAUCCAUCACAAAAAGAAAAUCUGGGCAUUAUUGUCCAGUAUAAAGUUAAAGUAAAACUUUGUUUGGGUGCAUUAGGCGGAGAGUUGACUGCCGAACUUCCUUUCAUAUUGAUGCACCCUAAACCCGAAGAAGAAAUUCCUACAACGACAAAUAAUGUUGCCAGUCCAGAUGCAAAAGUUGAUGAUAACGGUGUUCGUGUAGAUAAUUUGAUUGAAUUGGAUGAAGAUGGCCCCAUACCAUCUCAUGACGAAGACAUAAUAUUUGAGGAUUUUGCUCGUUUAAGACUGAAAGCUGGUAACGAUUAAUUUGUAAUUCUUUUAAGCGAUGUAAAUGUUAAUAAUACCUUUAUCUAAUACACAAGUUAUGUAUUUGUACUUGUUGAAUCUUGGAUGGGUUUGAGUACAAAUUGUAUUAUUCACUUUUAAAUGGAUUUCUGGAAAAUCUAGUAAAAAGUUGAAAUCAAUUUUCGCUGAUCACCGAUUACGUUGAAAUGUGAUUCUUUAAAGAAUUUUGUAACACUAUAAGGAACGAUCUUGUGUCACAUGUAUUUGAUCGAUAGAUAAACUUGCUGUACAUUGUUUAUUAGAUGUUUGUUUGAAACUUUCCACGAUUCUCUGGGCUAGCUUUCAAGUGUCUUUGAGUAAUUAAAAUUCCAUUUUUUGUAGGCUUUUUAUUAUGAGGUUUUUAAAAAUCUGCUGUCCAAUUACACUCUUAUCGAAGUUAAGUUCAAAAUUAUUCCUUUACAAAAUAUGUUCUUGUAAGUUAAUAAUAGUCAUUUGAUGUUAAGGAAAAAGUAUUCUUUUAAUUGGUGGCUGUGGAAUUACCCAAUAAAACUGUUACCUUAAAGCAAUGCUCUAUUUAAUGUAAUAAAAAGUAUUGCUUCGAGUUUUAUAGAAAAUAACCUUACGAGUUAUUGAUGUGAUUUUUUUUAGUUGAACUCCAACGAGAAGUAUGCAUUUAAUUUUGUAAUUUUAUGACAUAACAUUCUAUUGAUUGAUUGAAAUUCACAGUGAAUAUCAGGUUGCUCGUAAUUUAUAAAUGAUACUUUAUUUAAUUUC